GCCAGGAUAUCAAGAACCUUGAGGCAAAUCAACAGAAAAUGGCCAAUCCGCGUAGAUAACAUCGAUGUUCCAUUCGAUGGAGUUGGAUUCAUCUCAAAUAAAUGUCUAAGUAUAUUUCAUCUUAUCUCUUUGAUCUCAUCCAUCUCGAACACGAUGUCAUGUGCGAUUUAGAAUCCAUGAAACAGGCUGGUGAGAUUUCCAUUAGGCUAUUUACUCUUUGACAGCAGGGAGGGGAUAUCUCGAAACCUCAAACCAACCCACGUGGACCAGCAUACAGCAUACAGAAACAUAUACAUUGAGAUAGAAGAUGCGACUGUAGGGAAAUUCUCAAAACAUGGACUCGAAGGAUGAGCAUAAAGCUCAGGAAGCCAAGGCCGAAUCAUCGUUAUCCAUUCGCUCGCAACCACUGGCCUCAUCAGCCACAAAUGAACAUGAUGCGACAAAUCUCCAAGCUAUCACAACUACCCAGAGCAAUACACUUUCUCUGUCUGCUGUAGAACCGGUCGAUGUUCAGAUACGAAAUCUCUCCGUGAACGUUGAUAUCUCUCCUUCAGCAUUUUCAAUUGAACGAUGGAUACCACGAAAAAAGGUCCAAGAUGGAUUCGCCACUCCCACCACGAAACAAAUCUUACACUCAGUAUCUGCCUCGAUGCCCAUCGGAACACUUACUGCCAUUAUUGGGGGCAGUGGUUCGGGAAAGACAACUAUGUUAAAUACAAUGGCUGAGCGCAUGACAAGUGGUCGAUUAACAAUUGGUGGAACUACAACUUUCAAUGGGAUGGAAGGUGUACACAGUGUUCGUAGUGCAUAUGUCAUGCAACAAGACGUAUUACUACCAACUUUGACAGUUAGGGAAACUUUACGAUAUGCCGCAGACCUGCGAUUACCGCCACCGACAACUGAGAAGGAAAGGAGGAACAUUGUGGAGGAAGUGAUCUUGGAGCUUGGUUUGAAGGAAUGCGCCGACACUCGAAUUGGUAGCACACAGCACAAGGGUUGCUCUGGGGGAGAGAAAAGAAGAACUAGUAUUGGCGUACAAUUGUUAAGCAACCCAAGCGUCUUAUUUUUGGACGAACCGACCACUGGACUUGAUGCGACAAGUGCAUUUCAGCUAGUCAGAACCCUCAAAGGGUUGGCCAGGAAAGGUCGGACAAUUAUUACAACUAUUCAUCAGCCUAGAUCCGAAAUAUGGGGAAUGUUUGAUGGUCUAACAAUCUUAACAAGAGGUAGUCCAGUAUAUUCUGGCAAAGCUGCGGACUGCUUGUCUUGGUUCAAAGGAAUUGGCAUGGAGCUACCGGCAUUUGUCAAUCCAGCGGAGUUCUUGAUUGAUAUUGCUGCUAUUGAUAAUCGCUCCCCUGAGCUCGAGGCAACUUCUUCUGCAAGAGUUGAAAAUUUGAAACUUGCUUGGGCGGAAGAAAAUGAUAAAAGGUUCUUCCAAGUUUCCGAAAAGAGUACUGCUACUGAGACGCCGAAUGCAAAACGUCUUGCAACAAAAAACUGGACACGACAUUCUCCGUUCGUUCGUCAGACUCGUGUACUAACUUCUCGAACCUUUGUCACGACCUAUCGAGAUCCUAUGGGCAUGUUUGGAUCUCUUAUAGAAGCAAUCGGAAUGGGGAUUAUGAGUGGGUGGGUGUUCUUUAACCUGGGGGAAGAUCUUUCUGGUAUUCGCAGUCGCGAAGGUGCUCUUUACAAUGCCGCUGCAUUACAAGGGUAUCUCAUGCUUUUAUUCGAAACAUAUCGUUUGACGAUUGACAUACAACUCUUUGAUCGUGAGAAUAACGAGAAUGUUGUGGAUGUUAUCCCUUUUCUGCUCAGUAGAAGGAUUGCAAGGUUCUUUACCGAAGACUUUCCUGUUCCUCUGAUAUUUUCACUCAUAUCUUAUUGGAUGGCAGGGUUUAGAUCGGAUGGCUCGACUUUCCUUACUUUCUUUUCUAUUGUGUUGCUCUGUCAAUAUAUUGCGGUUACCUUCGCCAUGACGUGUAUAGCGGCCUCGAGAAACUUUGCUGGUGCAUCUCUCAUUGCAAAUAUGGGUUACACAGUUCAGAGCUUUGCCUGUGGAUUUUUCGUACAAGUAAACACUAUUCCGGUGUACGUACGUUGGCUGAAAUGGACAGCCUAUGUCUUUUAUGCGUUUGGUGCUUUGUGUUCAAACGAAUUCGUAGGCCAGUUUUAUGAUUGCCCGUAUGAAGGCGGAGAAUCAAAUCCAGCCUGUGUAGAAUACACAGGCGCAUUCAUUAUAGAUUCUCUGGGAUUUCCUGAUAACUGGGUUGUCAGGCCAAUCAUCUUUCUGCUCUGUUAUUCAAUCAUGUUCUACGGACUUGCGGGUAUUGGUCUACGAUUCAUAAAGGUUGAAAUGACGAUUGCCAGAGCUAGAGGGUCAGAUGCGGACUUUUCAGCAGGAAAAGAAAAGAUGACAGUAAGGUCUGCGGCGGAGGUUCGAACUGUUGAUAUCGGCCUUGAUAAAUUCGCCUUGGAUCUUGAGAAACGUAAUUCAUUUGGGAGAAAACAACCCACCAAAACCAUAUUGAAUCCUGUCACAGCAACAUUCCAAGCUGGUGUGCUAAAUGUCAUUAUGGGACCAUCAGGUAGUGGUAAAACAUCUCUUCUCAAUGCGAUGGCUUUGCGACUACGUAAUUCCAUCGGAACAAAGUAUCGACCAAGUGGAGACAUGACUUUCAAUGGUGCAGUCCCAUCGGAUUCAGUCAUACGAUCUGUUUGUUGUUAUGUAUGUCAAGAUGAUGAUGCACUCCUUUCGUCAUUGACGGUUAGGGAAACCCUUCACUUUGCAGCUGGGUUACGACUUCCAUCAUUCAUGACGAAGGAGCAGAAAACUCGACGUGCUGAAGAUGUUCUUUUGAAAAUGGGUCUGAAAGACUGUGCGGAUAAUCUUAUUGGGUCUGAUCUUAUAAAAGGUAUAUCAGGUGGCGAAAAGCGUAGAGUAACUAUCGCAGUUCAAAUUCUGACGGAUCCAAGGGUGCUUCUCUUGGAUGAACCAACCUCUGGUUUAGAUGCAUUCACCGCUUCAUCCAUCAUGGAGGUACUUCAAGGUCUUGCACAAGAAGGUCGAACUCUAAUCCUCACAAUCCAUCAAUCUCGCUCGGACACUUUCAAGCAUUUUGGGAGUGUUCUUCUGUUAGCACGUGGAGGCUUUCCCGUUUAUGCUGGUAAAGGCUCUGAUAUGAUUUCACAUUUUGAUAACUUGGGUCAUCCAUGUCCUACUACGACAAAUCCAGCCGAUUUUGCACUCGAUCUAAUUACCAUUGAUCUACAACAGUCUCGUCGAGAGGAGGCUACUCGUUCAAGAGUGAGAGAUCUUAUCAAUUCUUGGUCAUCUGGAGAUUUCGCAAAAGCUAUCAUCCCAACCACAAUAUCUACUCCUGCAGAACUGGGAUCUCUCGUUCGCAAAUCAUCUGGAUUUUUCUCUGCAUACCCCAUUCUGGUCCAUAGAGCUUCGAUCAAUUUCCGUCGACAACCUGACUUACUCCUGGCUCGAACCAUGCAAGUCUUAGGUCUCGCCAUAAUUCUCGCUUUGUUUUUCGCACCCUUAAAGCAUGACUAUUAUUCCGUACAAAAUAGAUUCGGUUUCAUCCAAGAAUUUUGUGCAUUUUAUUUCGUAGGUAUGCUGCAAAAUGUAGCAGUCUAUCCUAAUGAAAAAGACGUAUUUUACCGAGAAAACGACGAUGGCAUUUACAGCGUUGAAGCAUUUUUCUCUCAAUAUACUACACUGGAGAUACCAUUUGAGAUAUUCACAUCUUUAAUCUUUGCGAUAUUGACAGAUUUAGCUACGGGAUUACCCAGAAAUGCUCAGGUAUUCUUUGUGUGCUUCUUCAAUUGCUUUUGCAUCAUUAAUUGUGGGGAGAGUUUGGGUAUUAUGUUCAAUACACUUUUCUCCCACACAGGCUUCGCAGUAAACCUCACAAGUGUGUUCCUAUCAAUAGCCCAAUUCAUGUCCGGUAUCAUGUCCAUUGGUAUGCCUGCGUUUCUCCAAGCAGUGAAUUAUCUCUCGCCUAUUCGCUAUGCUAUUAGGAAUUUAGCGCCGUACACAUUGAGGAGCAUUGUCUUUACGUGUACCGAUGCGCAAAAAUUACCUGAUGGCAGUUGUCCCAUAAAUACCGGGGUGGAAGCACUGGAUCUUUAUGAUUUGAAUACGGAUGCCUUGUGGAAUAUUAUUGCACUGGGCAUUUGUACUUUGAUUUAUAGGGGACUGGCGUAUGUGCUAUUGAAGGGGAUGAGAACGCAUUGGAAAGGUGUUGGAAAGAGAGGGAAAGGGAGUGAGAAUUUAAAUGAACCGAGAGUAUGAGAAGUAACAAAGCUCUUCAAGUCAAUUCUAUUGUUGGUUACUAGCUAUUACAAAUCUUUGAAUGCCAGUGAUUCUUUGGAGUUGAACAUAUUUGAUAGAUGGCGCGCUCUGUCGAUGCACUUUGUGGUUUUAUUAUCCACAUGCAUCUACAUAUACAUUUUUACACAUCAUUAAUGGCUUCAAACUCAAACUCAAAACCAAAGCAUGCAUAUAUCUUCAUCAUCCCCUCUCCUAGAUCCCCCCAUCCUAUUCACAAUCUUAGCUCAAUUACUCUCUAAUCCAAACCACCCGAUUUUAAGAUCAUAAAAUCAUAAGAGUUGAAUUAUUAGAGCUCAUCUCAUUGCAUUAUGUUCACUCCCAUCAAAUCAUUGCUUCGAGGAAAUGCAUUUCGCACAGCAUAUUUUCGAUGCCUGAUCUCUUGCUACUCUUCGCGUAUGUGUGAUGUAGUAUCUCAUCUCACCUCAUCUCAUCCCAAAUUAGCGCGCUGAGCGCUGAGCGCGGCGUAUUUCUAGUGAGGUGGGGGAUAAACGAGGUUGCAUUGUGAUAAGUGUCGUAAGCAAGUAAAUCGGUGUGCGGAUCAGAACAUUUGAUUCGCGACAUUUUUGGGGGCGGUUUGAUAUAGAUGUUAGGUCAUAGGGCGAUGCGAAUAUUGAUAAAUGAUACGAAUGGAUGGUGAUGCUGAUUGUUGGAGAAGAGUUGGAAGGUUGGAGAUUAUGGGGCGUAGAUUACGGGGGUGGAAAAUUCGUAUUGAGUGGAUUGAAUUUGAUUGUUGGUGUGGUGGGGUUUUUUUGUUUGGGGUGAGAUAGGGGCUGUGUGGUGGGGCUGGCCCCAGAGAGAAAGUGUGACGGGGUGAGAGAGUAUGAGAGGGUGAGAGGGAAUAAAUUUAAGGUGAUUAGUAGAUGGUGGUGGUGAUGGAAAGGUGAUAUUGAUAUUGGCAGUGACAGUGACAGUGAUAGUGUGAUGAAGAAGUUGGAAAGUGCAAAGCGGAAUAGAUCAGGUGGAGGGGAGAUAUGGGCGAGAAUUGGUGGAAUUGGUAUAUGUGUGUCAGGUUGGAUGGACUUACGAGUGAGAUUGUGAUGUUGGUAUUGGUGAUGAUAGGGUGUUGAAUUCUGGCUAGAAUCUUCAGGUUGCUUGGCGUAGUCGGAUCGUAGAAAUUUUCUUAUCUUUCUAUUGAUGAUAUUGUUAGCUAGUAGCUAAAGGUUGGCAUUCUUGGGGCCGUUAGGUUGUGGAGUUUCCUUGUAUUGUGACUCGUAACUGGCGCAUGCGUGAUAUCGAUCUUGAUUCCAGCUAGUUUCUUGGUUUUAUGCUUGCGGUUGCGGUUGCUGGUGUGAUAUCUGAUAUCUGAUUUCGAAUUAUUUGCGGUCA